AUUAGAAACAGAGUUGCGUUUUAACGAUAAAAUGGCAUCCAAAGAAGAGCCAAAUGCAUCAGAACUAGAGUCAAAGAGUGCAAAUAGAAAUUAUCAAAUACUAGCAAAUGAAAUGAUUCAUGAACCAGAACCAGACGUAUUCAGUUCAGAGGAAAUGCAAAGAUAUACAAUAUGUAAAAUGACCUGCGGAAGACGUAUCUCAGUUAUGAAAGGAUCAUUAGUGGAUCUUAGAGUAGAUGUAAUGGUGAACACGACAGACAAGGCUCUUUCAUUAACAACAGGACUUGCAGAGACCAUUAGUGAGAAAGGAGGAGAAAAAAUAAGGACUGCGUGUUACAAGUAUUUUCAAAAACAAGGAAGCAUAGAUGAGGGAGAAGCAUUUGUGAGUGAGGCUGGCAGCCUUCCUGCUAAACAUGUGGUGCACGUAAAUAGCCCAAUUAAGAGAGAAGAGACAGAAGACGAGCUGAGAUUACUCAGACAAACAGUCAUGAAUGCAAUGAUGCAAGCUUCAGUUAAAAACGCACAGACAAUCGCAUUACCAGCAAUCAGUUGUGGAAUUUCUGGGCAAGUUUGCUUACUGUAUAUACACUAUGCUUUAAAACAUUUAGUCCGUUAUAAGAAUGGGUCAAUUUAAAUACCUUGUAAUUUCAAACAUCUUAUUUAUUGUAAACUCGGUCAAGACAUUUCGUAACACCAUUUGCUUAGUAAAUUUUAAAAUUGUUAUGUACACACACUGUCUUGCAGUUGGUGGACUUUCCCCUUAAUGUUAAUCUUUUGCUGUUUGUUCCGAAGUCAGAAAACACUUUGAACAAGUGCUAUUUCAAAAAGAACACCAGUCAGGCAGUCAAACAAGUAGAAUUUUGAUGCAAUGUGAGUUAAUUUUGAAGUAAAAAACUCGUCUAUUCUCUUAAAAUCUUAAAACAUGUUUUUUUCCAGUAUGAAUUUAAAGCGUCAGUUUUCUGGUUUCGCUAAAACUAUUUAAUCGGGAAGCUAGUAGGUACUUUGAACACAUCGCUUUAAAUAUGAACCACUUUAAGUGCUGGUU